UUGUCUACGUGCGUUCACACUGAUCUUUGAAGAAAUUUACAGAUCAUAGUGAACAGUUAGGAUUUUGGUGAAAAUCUUUAUUUAAAAAAAUUUGACAAAUAUUAAGAAACAAUUAGUUUAUAAAAAUUUAAAGUGAAUUUUAUGAAAAAUACCGUUUUGUCACAAGAUGUUUUCGAGGCUGCGAAAUGCGUGGAAGAGUCUGUUCGUGGAAGAGGCAAAAAUAAAAAAUCUUGUUAAUACGAUAAAUCGUGAAAAGACAAGUGAUAAAGAUAUGAAUUUUAAAGCAUCAGUAGCCCAGCAAAUAAAAAAAAAGAUGACAGAAGAAUCUUAUCUAGUUCAGUUCAUAUUACUCGAAGCUUUGAGACAAAAAUUAUAUUUUGUAAUUGAUUAUAUAGCAGCUCUUGAAGUAGUAGCACCAUUGAAAUUUCGGAUACGAAGUGAGUCGCCAAUUCAUGUGGCAUUUAAAAAUGGCAUGGAUGCGCCCUUCGAUUCUUUGUUCCAAAUUUACCCUUCGGUCAAUUUCGUCGAUAUGAACGGAGUCUCGCAUUUUCACAUAGCUUGCGCACUUGGUGAAUUGGACUCGGUGAUUGGCUUCAUAGAAAAGGGUAUCGACGUUAACCAUACUUGUGAUAAUCUACAGACGCCUCUGCACAAAGCGGUUAAAUAUGGUCAAAAGAACAUUGUAAGAUUGCUAUUACAACAUAAAGCUGACGUGAAUUUAGCAGACGUGGAUGGCAAAACACCUUUGCAUCUGCUUAUUGAUAACUUAUUUCCUACGGUAAUAAGAUCGCCUCACUUUGAAAAGUGUGACAUUGCGAAAAUUCUUAUUGAAUCUAAAUGCGAUAUCAAUGCAAAGGACAAACACGGCGAUACGCCGUUGGCCUACUUAUUUAAUUAUAAGCAUUUCGAGCGAUACACCGCCGGUCACACGGACCACAUUCGACAUAUUCAAUUGACUCUCCUAGAAAUGUUGCUGACAAGGCAAGAAGAACUUCAAAUAACUGAACUCAACAAUCACCAUCAAAAUAUAUUUGAUGUAAUAAUUGGCUCGUGCACUCCCGAUGGCAAUUUUGUAUACAUGAUCUUUGGCGAUAAGAUAGGAUCUGACAUGAUCAAACUAAUUUUGGAAAAAGGAAUAUAUGUUAACAUGAAAAGCCCCUGGAAUAAAAACGCUUUACAGACUGCACUAUGUGCUUACAACUUGGAAAUAACAGAAACUCUUUUGAAAUAUAAAGCCACCCGCAGACACUUGAGACGAUUCACCAAAUUUCCAAUUAAUUCGCUCUUUUUGCCAGAAUUUGCAAUGAAUGUUCUAGCAAUUGAUCAAAUUUUAAGGAUGGUAUCUUCUAAAACAGAACUCGUUGACUUUACUCCAUACCCGAUGAUGAUGGAUCUUUUGCUUGGAUCUCUCUCGCAUAAAAAUUGCGACCUAAUGAAGGGCAUCUUGCAUGGCUGUUAUAACAAGCAAAUCAAGUACAAUAUUGACUUAAUCUUCAAAAACACAUCGAUAUUCGAUUCAUUGGAAAAAUGGCCAUCUUAUAUUUACGACAUGCACAUGUAUAAGAAAAUAUUGGAUUGUGUGGAGUUUCACUCGUGUCGAGAAACGACAGAUUAUAUCGUCAACAAGUGUCAAUUUUAUGAAGUCAACAAUCCCCCAAAAGAAAACAUAAAUUAUUUUUUUCCAGACAAAGAGAAUUAUAUUCUCGACAAAGAAAUUAAACUUGCUAAAAGAAUAAAAAUUAGCAGCCAAUAUUCGUUGUAUGAUAUUUGUAAAAUGAACUACGAAGAUACAUACAAUAUUCUUCAUGACACGUACUACCAUCAGCUGGUUCGGAAAUUAGCCUUCGAUCGAAAAUUUAAAUUUCUCGGUCCUUUUAUAAAAGGUCACAUGGCCAAAAGCAUAAUUUUAAAAUCGAUGAAGUAUAGGUUAGAGGAAACCUUUGCCGAACUGAUGCCCAUUCAUUGUGGUCAAAGAAUCAUCUCAUAUAUGGAGGAUGAAGAAAUAGUGUUAUCGAAUCAAACUUUUUAUCGUCCAGAAGCUAAAAAAGAAAAGGUACGAAAGUGGCCUCGUGAGCCCUCUACGAAGCAAAUUUAUUGCAUAGUUAUCUCUAUGAUAGUUUACGUUUACUUUGGAUACUUCUACAUACAUCUUAUGAAUCCAUACGGAUUAAUGAAUGAAUGGUAUAGUGCGUUAAUCGUAAUAGCUUUGACGCCAUUUUUAAUACCAAAAUCAAAUAAUGCACAAUCCAAUAAUUUGGCCAUUACUUUCAGGGAAACGUAAAUGGCAAUUAUAUUACGUGCAAAUUAUUACAGUGUAAUCAUAGAAAAGUUAACAUUUUAAAAUUAUUCUAUAAUGUAUCUGAACAAUUGAAAAAUAUUUUCAGAAAAAUUAAAGUAGAUUCUACUUUAUAGUCCGAUGUUAAGUAAACGCUGUAUUAUGUAUUUGGUACAUAUUUGUUAGAUUUUAACCUCUUAAAAAUUAUUACAAUUGUAAGUGUAAAUAUAUGUCAUAAUAAUUGUAUAUUUAUUCCUCAAAUCUAUCAUAUACAAGUUAAUAAAUGAUGUUAUGAAUAAA